UAUCAGUUGAAGCCGUUUCAUUCAAACGACAGCUUGACGACGAUCGCAAUGCGACUCUACGAACAUUUGCUUGGGGAAGUAAAACCAGUCAAUGGUGAUGAUUGCGAAAAAGUCUACGAUCAAUUCGAUUGCUACGUGACAACAGUUACUCAACCAAUUGUGAUUGUGCGGGACGAUAGUGAUGGACUUUCCUUGCGAAAAUUGGUUAUUGCCGUGUUGACACUAUUGCUUGUUGGAUGCUCAGCACUACUUUUCGUUAUGACCAUCUAUCAAGCAGAAAUGCACAGCUCGAAUCCAGUUGAGGAGAUAUUGCUACGAGAGAAUUAUCCACGCGAGGAUUUCGCUUAUAUUGAUCAGUUCAUCGACUUUAUGAACGAGUGA